UGCGCACGAAGGCACGUCUGACCUGGGUGCCAUUUUUAUUUAUUUUUUAAACCAGGGGUGUUUUCGGCAUUUGUGAGAAGUAACGCGCAUGCGCCCUGGUAGGAACCACCGCACGGCCGGCGUCAGGCUCCAGACGGCAGUGAAUGCAGAUUUUCCCUGUCAGAUAGACGGGAGGAAUGAGAAAGGGGCGAAGAACUGGGGAGUCACUGACACACGGACAGACCGGGGCCCAGAGAGAGAGAGAGAGGACGAGAUGGAGGACUGAAAGAAUCAUAUCAGGGAAUAAAACAACGGCGGGAUUAAUAAUUAACACUUUACAACCAGCGACACUGCAGAUGCCAUCUGUUUCGCAUCGGUUUGUACAAUAAUCCCGAUGUAUUGCAGCCAGCGAUUCCUUCAUUCAAGGAGAAAAAGCGGAGAGCCACCUGGCUACUAUCAUAGAGAGGAGUACAAUGACAACCUGGUGAAUGUAGAACUAAUCUAUCUAACCAACGGAAUGCAAUAAAACCGGAAUAAAGGACUGUCCCGGGUGAGCAUCGCCAACCGGGAGUGAUGAGAAGAACCACGGGGAGACAGGACCGUGUUUCUGCUGUCGCCUGUCAAGGGUAUUAUUUCUGUGUGUUGUGGACUGAACAUUUAUUCUUCCCUCGCCCUCUUCCUCCUCCCCCCCUCCACCGGUGUCGUCUGGGAGUUGUAACAUGGAGAGCUCCAAUGUCUCUGGAACCAGCGAAUCAACCAAACCGCCAAACCAACAGUUGGAGAAGAAACGGUUAAACCGAGCACCGUCUCCGGCCAGGCCGUUCCUGAAGGAUGUCCACUCCUUCCGCUCCUCGCCCAAACCAACAGUUAUCGUACCAAAAUCUCCCAAACUGACCAAGCAUCAGCACUCUUCUCCUGUGCCUGUGUCAUCCAAUCAAAGCCGCAUCACCAGGCGCACCCCAACCGGAGCGAAGAAUAACAAAUCAGCCGCGGUGAAAAGUCACAGCACCAAGUCCUCCACGGGCACGAAGAAGACUGUUAAGGUAAUCCAAUAUGCAGCCCCGGAGCAUAAAACGAUCACCGCCAGCAAACCGACAUCGGACAGCAGUCCACACCUCGCCCUCAAAACGAAGAAGAGUAAAAUAGCCACUCUGACCGCGUCUCACCACCGCCCCCUCAGCCACCGCCCCCCAAUCCGCGUCCCAACCGGUGCUAUCCCCCUCGGCAGGGUCAGUCAGACGGACAGCAACUCCGAUCUCUCCGACUGUCCCUCUGAGCCCUUAUCCGACGAACAACGCCUGACCGCGGCCACCAGCAGCGAUGGGGAGUCGGGUGGCUCUGGGGCCAGCGACAGGGAUCAUGUGGGAGCGGAUUAUCCUCUGCAGGCAGGAGCAUCAGCAACAGACGCGGCAGGGGCUACUGCUUGUAGUGGUGGGGUUUCAUUGCGCACCGCGGAGGGUAGCGCUGAGGGUGCGGUAGUGGCAGCAGCGGGGAAAAGCGGCAUGUCUCAGGCUCCAGGAGCAGGUGCUCACCGCCACGGAGGAGAUGGGAGGAAACAGGAGAAAUCAUCAACUAGCGCACAAUUUAUACAACUGGACUGCAGCACGGAGAUAGUCGAGGAGGAUUUGAUACGGGAAAUUGAAGAUCUUCGUUCUGAAAAUGACUACCUCAAGGAUGAAGUGGAGGAGCUACGUGCGGAGAUGGAGGAGGCACGGGACAGUUACCUGGAAGAGGAGGUGUACCAGGUGCAGGAGUUACAGAGGGAGCUGGACCGCUCCAAUAAGAAGUGUCGGAUUCUCCAGUACCGUCUCCGUAAGGCGGAGCAGAAAAGCCUCAGAGUGGCCCAGACUGGACAUGUAGAUGGAGAGCUGCUACGCAACCUGGAACAGGACCUCAAGGUGGCCAAAGAUGUGUCAGUGCGUCUGCACAACGAGCUGGAGAAUGUAGAAGACAAGAGGACCAGGGCUGAAGAUGAGAAUGAGCUGCUGAGACAGAGGAUCAUCGAGGUGGAGAUCUCUAACCAGGCUCUACACAAUGAACAGGAGAGAAAUAAAGAGACUGGUACACGGCGGAGAGGAAGCAGGGAAACAUUUAGAGACAAGAAGUCUCUGACCCAGGAGGACAGUGCAGAUCUCAGGUGUCAGCUGCAGUUCUCUAAGGAAGAGGCCACCCUCAUGCGUAAGAAGAUGGCCAAGCUGGGGAAGGAGAAGGACAAGCUAGAGCAGGAGAUCCAGCAGUACAAGUCAGUCUACGGGGACGUGGACAGCCCUCUACCCCUGGCAGAGCUCGCAGGUGGUGGGCCCCACAGCACCAGGGAGGCCGAGCUACGGCUCCGACUCAAACUGGUGGAGGAAGAGGCGAAUAUUCUGGGGAGGAAAAUUGUAGAGCUGGAGGUGGAGAACCGAGGCCUGAGGGCUGAGAACGAGGACAUCCGUUGCCAGUACGAGAGGGACUGUUUCGGCCGGGAGCCCUUCAGCAGCAUGCCCUCCUCCCCGUACGGCGGAGACGCUCUGGAGUCCGCCGGGGAGCUGCGGCGCCACCUACAGUUCGUAGAGGAAGAGGCAGAACUUCUCCGGCGGUCCAUCUCGGAGAUCGAGGACCACAACAAGCAGCUGACCUCCGAACUGAACCGUUUCAAGUUCGGCCCGAGAGACGAGGAGGUCGAUGUCGGAGUGAUGAUGAUGAUGAAGUCCGGUAAUGGGAGUAACGGAGGAGGCGGGGGUAACGGAAGCGGUGUGGUGAUGAUCGAGGAGCUGAAGUCAGCCAGGAUGCAGAUAAAUGAGCUCAGUGGGAAGGUGAUGAAGCUGCAGUAUGAGAACAGAGUCCUGAUGUCCAACGUUCAGCGCUGUGACCUGGCCCAACACCUGGGCCUCCGCACCGGCUCCCCGCGGGACAGCGAUGCAGACAGCGACACCGGCCACCGUGACGCCACAGAGGAGGAAGAAACUGGGAGGCUCCUCUUACUUCACCCCAAGAGAGAGGGGCCUGUCGGUGGCGAGAGUGACUCGGAGGACCUCUUUGAGAAGACCACCACGACCUCGGGGUUUGGAAGUCACAAGCCCUCGGACGAGCUCAGCGGGCUCAGCGCCACCGAACUAUCUAAUCGUAGGCGAGAAGACCGCGAGACGUUCACGAAUGUCAAACGAGAAGCAGAGCGCCUUGGGAAGACCGUAGAUCGUCUCAUUAGCGACACGGACAGUCUGAUCUACGAGGGAAAGAUUUUAAUAACAGGAGGGGACAGUUUGAGUCUGGCUCUGGAGGGGUUUAAAGAAGACACCACCCGCCUCCCCGAUCCCAAACCAGACUCACAGGUCCUGGACACGAUCAACACCCGUAUGAAGGCCUUCCGCACAGAGCUCCAUAUCUUCAUGGAGAAGGUGGAUCACCUGGGAGAGGGCCUGAGGGAGAAGGGAGGUGACCGGGAUCGGGGAGACGACCUGUCACCCUUGCCCAACCUCACAGAGUCCAGUAGCUUCCUGUCUGGGGUCACCUCCAUGUCACGAGACUCGCCCAUCGGCAUCCUGGGACGCGACCUGGUCACAGAUUUCCAGGAUGAGGAGCGGAGGCGGCUGGAUCCGCAGGGUGUGAGGCCCAGGGCGGGUCUGGAUCUGACGGGCCUGCAGGCCCACGAGGCUCCCUGGGUCCAGGAGAGAACCCUACUGCAGCAGGAGGUCCAGUUGUUCAGACACAACACCGUCAUCUUCUAUAUGAAGCUACGCUGGAUCCUCAUGCACUGGAGGCUGGGGAAGAGGACAGAGACCGGGGAGGAGACAGCACACUCAGAGAAGUUGGAGGGUAUUCCAGAGCUGAUCUUGGAGCCCGGAGAGGAAGAGACGGAGAGAGAGGACAGGGACACGUCGUCUACCCAGCUACCCCAGAGAGACGGCGCCGAGCCUGGCCCCACAACCCAACUCCCCUCCCCUGAACGCCUGCAGAAUCAGACACAGGUGGGUGAGAACCGUAGGGUGCUCCAGGCGGUGCGCUCCCUGUUAGAGGAGUUCAGGUCAGAGUUGAGGGAGGAGGAGAGCAGGAGGUGCCAGCUGCAGCAGAACUACGCCAACGACAAGGCUUCCUGGGAGGUCAAAUGGGCAGAGAUGAAGUGUCACGUUGCUCAGCUGGAAGAGGAGAGACAAGAAGAGAAAGGAGAGGUGAGCGGAGAGGCCCGAGGAGAGACACAGGGAGGAAGAGGAGGAGACUCAGACUGGGCCUUUAAACAGGAGCGAGAGGAGCACCGUUGCCUCCUGGCCGAGAGCCACAGCACCUCCCUGGACCUCCACUGGAAGCUGCAGCAUGGAGAGAAGAGGUGGGGGAGGGAGAGGAGAGACCUGCUGGAACGCUUCGACCGGGAGAGACAAGAGUGGGACGGCAAGAUGAGAAACAUGCACCACGAGAUGGAGAGGCUACAGAGAGAGCUUAACGUACGGAGGGGCAGCGAGGGCUCACCAUCCGACGUCAAAGAAGGGGAGAGAGCAGGAGGACACAGAGGUGUCUUUUCCCCCCAGGAGAGCCCACGUAAGGCCCCUCGCUCCCCAAGGUCACCACGCUUUACUCGCUCUGCCAUCCCAGGCCCUGUUUCCCUCCCCACCCGCUCCCACUCGGACUCGGAGGCCCAUGAAGAGCAGGGGGCUGUAGUGAGGUUCCAAGGCCCAACGGAGAACCUUUUCCUGGACGCUCUGACACUGGACCCCCUGGGUGGCCUGAUGGCCCCACCUCCCUGCAGACUGGACCCUGACAAGAGGUUCCCCUGUAUGAACCAGGCUCUGAAUGAGAUCCCAGACAGAGAGGGCCCCUCUAUGUACCAGGAGGAGGAGGAGGAGAUGGGUUUUGGCAGCCUGCUCAGGGCUAAGUCGGUCUGUUCUAUGAGUGACUUCCAGCGUCUGAUGGACAGCUCUCCCUUCCUGCCUGACAGGAGUCGUCACGGUGACCGUGGCCGUGACGACGUGACUCCUCCCCUGUCACCUGAUGACCUGAAGUACAUUGAGGAGUUCAACAGUAAAGGGUGGGACUUCCCUGUCCCUGGCCCAUCCCCGACACCAGGCCACCACACCCCUACAGCCAUGGAGGCCUGGGCAGAACGGCCCGCUUCAGAACCGUUCCAGCCGGCCUCGUGGUCCCUAACCACCAGCGUGACUUUGACCACUAACACCCAAUCCAGCCACGAGCCCCCCUGCCCACCCCAUCACCAGCGCUCCCCACUCAGGGGCAACGAGGGUAACAUAGGAGGGGGAGCAGGGGUCCACGUCUCCCACAGCCCCACCCGAUCCCCCGGGCCCUCCGAUCAAGACUACCUGUACCCCAAAGGAACCUUGGGGCAAGGGGGUGGGGGUGUUGGUGAGGUAGGGGGUGCCUCCGGGAUUGGGGGGGUAGGAGGUCCAGACGAGGUGUUUGGUGAUGGUAGGUGGCCUCCUUUCUGUCAUAAGGAGUUAUUAGAGGGUGGGGGGGGACUGCGGGGUCCCUCUGUGGGGGGUCCCAUCCCCACGGUGGGGUACGCCUCGUCUCUGGAGCUGCAGCUGUCACGGAACCUCAGUGAUGACAUGAAGGAGGUGGCCUUCUCCGUAAGGAACUACCGCUCGGGCACCUCGGACCACCUGGAGCAACAGAGACAGCUCCGAGAUACGGCGUGUCAGACAAAUGGUUUCACCACUCGCGGAACCCAGACCACUCAGACCAUCAGCGUGGGCUUACAAACAGACAUCCUCCGCACCCUCACCAGCUCCCCCCACCGCUGCCUCACCCCUAAAGGAGGCAGCUCUACACCCAUCUCCUCCCCCUCCAGAAACAUCCGUAAGAUACAGUACUCUCCUGUGGUCCAGUCCAAGUUCGAGCGUCCAUGUUGUUCUCCUAAGUAUGGCUCUCCUAAGCUCCAGAGGAAGCUGUCGACAUCAUCGAAGGCUGACCUCCCAGGUGGGGCCUCAAGCUCCGCGGCCGGCCCCAGGGCCCCUACCCCUACCACCCCCCAGAAGGGUGCCUCUGAGUCGGCCUGGGCUCGCUCCACCACCACCAGGGACUCUCCGGUCCACACCACCAUCAACGACGGCCUGUCUUGUCUCUUCAACAUCAUAGACCACACCCCCGUGGUCUACGAACCCCCGCAGUGCAAAUUCACCAAGUCCCCCAGCCGCACCCGAACCGCUCCCCCUGACCCCUCACCUCCCGGUGCACCCGGUGGUCCCAGUCUACCCCCCUCAGACCCCAAAGACCCAAGAUACCUUGGAGCUGUCCAAGAGUUUCUGAGGAAUGUCCGCGGGCGUUCUCCCAGCCCGGUGCAGCUGAUAGUAGAGGCCCAGGGAGGGCCGGGGGGAACAGGGGGUGAGAGGACACCAGAGGUGGUCAGUAUACGCCAGGACCUGUCUGCCCCGCCUGGAUACACCCUGGCAGAGAACGCAGCCCGUCUGCUGAACAAGAAGCUGUUGGAGCAGAGCUUCAGGGAGGAGAAGAGGCUGGGGUCUGGAGGGACUGGUGGGUCCUCAGCCCAGGGACAGGGAGGAUACACGAGAGAGGGGCGACAGGCGGAGGGAGACAGGAACCAGUCGGGGUGUUUGGAGGACCUCCCUCGUUCCCCGGUGGCUCCACCCCUGGAGUCGUGUUUCCUGCGUCCGGCGAGGCCAGCCAACCGCCGCCCCCCCUCCCGCUGGGCAGUCCGUUCUCCCUCCUCCUCCCCCCGAGGCUGGCACGAUGUCACCGUGCGGAGGUUCACCUUCCCCAUGUUGACUGGGACCAGUAAGACUGAAGCCACCUGUAUGCUGGAGCUGGACGAGACUGGACCAGGAACAGGAACAGGACUGGAACCAUCGUCUUCUGCAUGAUAGAAUCGUUGCCCAUUACCCUGUCCUCCUUUACUCCCUUAACUUGCUCAACUCUCUUCCUCCUCUCCUCCUCUUCUCCUCCCUCCCCUCCUCCUCUCCUCCUCCCAUCUGCUCCUCCCUACUCCUCUCAUCCCUCCCCUCCUCCUCUCCUCCUCCCAUCUGCUCCUCCCUCCUCUUCUCCUCCCUCCCCUCCUCCUCUCCUCCUCCCUCCCCUCCUCCUCUUCUCCUCCCUCCCCUCCUCCUCCCUCCCCUCCUCCUCUUCUCCUCCCUCCCUCCCCUCCUCCUCUCCUCCUCCCAUCUGCUCCUCCCUACUCCUCUCCUCCCUCACCUCCUCCUCUCCUAAUCUCCUCCCUCUCCUCCUCCUCUCCUCCUCCCUGAGCCUGCAUGAUAGAAUCGUUGCCCAUUACCCUGUCCUCCUUUACUCCCUUAACUUGCUCAACUCUCUUCCUCCUCUCCUCCUCUUCUCCUCCCUCCCCUCCUCCUCUCAUCUGCUCCUCCCUCCUCCUCUCCUCCCUACUCCUCUCCUCCCUCACCUUCUCCUCUCCUCCUCCCAUCUGCUCCUCCCUACUCCUCUCCUCUCUCACCUUCUCCUCUCCUAAUCUCUACCCUCCCCUCCUCCUCUCCUCCUCCCAUCUGCUCCUCCCUACUCCUCUCCUCUCUCACCUUCUCCUCUCCUAAUCUCUACCCUCCCCUCCUCCUCUCCUCUUCCCAUCUGCUCCUCCCUACUCCUCUCCUCCCUCACCUCCUCCUCUCCUAAUCUCUACCCUCCCCUCCUCCUCUCCUCCUCGCAUCUGCUCCGCCCUACUCUUCUCCUCCCUCUCCUCCUCCUCUCCUCCUCCCAUCUGCUCCUCCCUACUCCUCUCCUCCCUCACCUCCUCCUCUCCUAAUCUCUACCCUCUCCUCCUCCCAUCUGCUCCUCCCUACUCCUCUCCUCCCUCACCUCCUCCUCUCCUAAUCUCCUCCCUCUCCUCCUCCUCUCCUCCUCCCUGAGCCUGUCCAGACUGGGUACCUCAGACCCCCCCCCCCCCUCUUUCGUAGGAAGGAGUUGUAAAUGGGGGGCUGAGACCCUGUAGCACCAGCUGACCAACCAGGAAGAAAAAUAACUGGAACUUAGAACUCUGGAAUGAAAAUGACCUGGAAUGUAACAACAACUAUGACAUCAUCAAAAACAUUGUCAUCAGAGGUGCCUGUACUUGAUUUACUCGUAGUUCCAGCUGAUAUAUGUGUAAUAUGUAUACAAUACAUAUAUAUAUUUUAGUCUUAUAAUGGAAACCGUUUUGAGUUAUUGAAAGAAAACGUUAAAACCGUUAUUAUAAUACUUGUACCGAACAUGAAGGUUUUACAAAAUGUUCCGUCUGUUUACGUUUUUUUGUUUAUUUUGCAUUACAUAUAAUUUGUUAUAUUCUGUGUUUGUGUAAAUACUCGGGUAAAACUAUUUUCUUAUUAAGUUGACCAUACUUGAUGUUACUGUUUGUUCCUUUCGAAGCUUGAAGUCAGACUACUCAGUUGUACUGGUAGAAAGGAAACAAAGGAAACCAACAGUACUGUUUCAUGAUGUCAUUUACGAUGCAAAAUGUAUGUUUUUAUGUCUAUAUGUUGGAACGUUCAACUCUGGGAACGUUCAACUCUGUAAACGUGUAGAAGGAAAGUAAUCCUUCUAACCCCCCCCCCCUUAAAAGAUUUAGAUGCUCUAUUGUAAAGUGGCUGUUCCACUGGAUAUCAUAAGGUGAAUGCACCAAUUUGUAAGUCGCUCUGGAUAAGAGCGUCUGCUAAAUGACUUAAAUGUAAGGAGACAAGGAAAAUAGCAACUGAAUAACUUUUCUGCAUAUGUGCGGAGGCAGUUGUUGAAUGGCCUCCUACUCCCACAUUCAAAAUUUUUUUGGGGUUGUUUGGUUGAUUUUAUUAUUUUUUCAAAGAGCAAUGUUGGGUUAUUGGUGCUGGGUUAUUGAGAUAUGACCCAGCGGGUCAGAUCCGAAGACUGGAGGCGUAGUUUAGUAUGGCCUGGCAUUCUGAUAGUUAUUUUCAGCCACCCGUGAGAGUAAAGGUCAUUACUGUUCAUCUGUUCUGUUGUUAUCACAUGUAAAAUUUGAACAUGAGCUUCAAUGAGGUUUACAGAAAUGUACAAGUUCCCUAAAAGCCUAUGCAAAUCCAAUUGCUAGAAUAGAUACCACCUUAUUAUAAUAUGUCAUAAAUAAUCUUUAUUUUCUAGUAGAAUGUAUAAAAUACAAAAUAAAAGGAACAAUUUAAUUUGCAGUAUGUAAACUUAAAGACAUGCUCUGUG